UUGACAAUUGUUUAAUUUAGUUUUGGGCUUCCUGGGUUUUAUUACCUUUUUCCAAAAUGCCGAUUAAAAUACUACUUGCUCGGCAAAUCUUCGAUUCAACAGGAGUUCCUACUGUAGAAGUAGAUAUGGUUACCGAACUUGGUCUCUUCAGAGUUGGUGUACCAAAUACUGAUGUGAAAAAGUUGGCUGAGGCGGUACAAUUGCGUGAUAAUAACCCUGCUGAAUACCACGGAAUGGGUGUUACCAAUGCUGUUAAAAAUAUUAAUACGAUAAUCGCACCGGAACUUAUAAAGCAAAACUAUGAAGUUACAAUGCAAAAAGAAAUAGACCAGUUCAUGCUCGCUCUUGAUGGUACUGAAACUAGAUCAAGACUCGGAGCCAACGCUAUUAUGUGUGUAUCAAUGGUUGUUGCCAAAGCUGGAGCAGCGAAAAAAGGAAUGCCGCUUUACAGGCAUAUUUCUGACAUGGCUGAAGUAACCUCCAUAAUAAUGCCAGUCCCGCAUUUCACGAUACUAACUGGUGGGGUACUAACCUCUAAUGAACUGCCUUUUCAAGAAUAUUCCAUCAUGCCCACAGGUGCUUCUUCAUUUUCCGAAGCGUUGCGCCUCGGUACUGAGAUUUAUCAAUACGUCAAAAAAACUGUAAUAUCAAAAUUUAAAAUGGAAGCAUCAUACGUUAGCGAGAAUGGCGGUUUUUCUAUUCCAUUGCGAAGUAACAGGGAUGCUUUAAUUUUUCUAACGGAUGCCAUUAAACAGUGCGGUUACAUUGGCAAAGUAGAGAUAGCUUUGAAUGCCUCCGCUACUGAUCUAUUUAAAGAUGGCGCUUAUGACUUGGAGUUUAAAAAUCCGAAUACCAAUCCCCAGGAUUAUAUGUCCUCUGACAAGCUUGCCGAGUUAUAUCUUGAGAGUAUGAAGGAGUUUCCCGUUUGCUCUUUUGAAGAUGCUUUUGAUUUCGAUGAUUGGGCUGCCUGGUCGACAUUGACUUCUCGCACUCCAGCACAAUUAUUUGGAAAUGAUUUAACUCAGACUAAUCUUAGAAGAGUAGGAUUAGCCGUUGAAAAACGUGCUGGUAAUACCUUGGGUAUCCGAAUCAACCAAUCAGCGACACUCACGGAAUUGAUAGAGGUAUUUAAGUUGAUAAAAACAAGUGGAUUCGGUGCUGUAGUGUGUGACAGAUGGGGGGAUACGGACGAUCUAUUCCUCGCUGAUUUAGUGGUUGGGCUAUCCGCUGGCCAGGUAAAAUGUGGCGCUCCUGCCCGAUCUGAACGAAUGGGUAAAUACAACCAGAUUUUAAGGAUUGAGGAGGAACUAGGUGCAUUAGCGAAAUACGCUGGAAAGAAUUACCGCGGUCCACCUUAAUUUGAUUUUCCUUUUAUUUUCUUACAAACUAAAGGAAAAAUUAGUCGAUGGAGUAUUCACGGUGUAUUUAGAUAUUCAUGAUUUGUGCUACACUUAAAUGCAUGACAAGCGGUGUAAUUACCGGAAAUGUUCAAUAUGUCCAUUGUGAAUAUAGUUCUAAACUGUUAUUAAUGCACUUGUAUUAAUGUUCGUCAUACUGCAGGGGUGGGCUACUUAAAAUAUCGAUAUAUGUUUUUUCAAGAAAUAAAAAAUUAUACGUUAAAGCAUGACUUUUUGUUUA